AUGCACAGGAUAUUAUUUGCUGCGAGUGCACUACUCACAGCUUGCAGAGCAAUCCAGAUAAGCCACGCUCUUGAGAAGCAAAGAGGUUAGUUGGGUUGGAGACAAGAAGCAACCAACAAGUUUACUUGGAACUCAACAUAGCAGCUCCACUGGACUGUGGUGAAUGCUUUCGUUGAUGUACAAACUUCGCCAGAUGGAGAUGUUUACGCUAUUUAAUAGAUCGGCUCUCCACCUGAGAAACUCAAGUACUCUGUCUACCUCUACGAUAUAUCAUCUAAUGUGUGGACGCUCACUGAUCCAACUUUCGAAGCAAAGGCUGUCAGAUUCGAUAGAUUAGGCAACAUUUACUAUCUUACCCCUGACAACUGCGUCCUAAACUCAGAGAAGGUUGAGCUAGUCUGUGGCUUAUCUGACUUCGAGGUCACUGUCAAGAAUGAAAUUAUUGGACUUCGCGAUGAUAGUGGCACUCUCACACCAGAUAGACUAUCUGAUGGCUAUCAUCAAAUAGUAGGUAAUCCCAAGUAUUCUUACAAAGCACUCACUGGCUACAAGGGACUAACUUUGAUUAAGGAUGAACCCAUCUUCAUUUCAGAGGAUGGGACUGUUGAUGCAAGAUAUGGAGGGGAAAAACUAGCAAGUAUAAGUGCAGGCAUUGACGGUUCACUUUGGGCACUUCAACUUAAUAGUGAGUCCCAAGCAGACCACGAGCUAUUGAAGUGGCAAACGGUCGCCUAGAAAUGGUAUAAGGUUGGCGGAGCUGUAGGAACUUGCAUUUCUGCAUACAAUGAAAUCUCAGUCGCUGUUGUUGACUCUAGAGGGCUCCUUAGCCUCUCAUCACAGACCAACUAGCAAAGUGAGGUACUGUAUACCCAAGGUUCCGCUGCUCCUGAACCUGAAUCGUUUCCUGAAUCUUCACUUCUCAAUUCCACUGAUUUCGAGUGGCUUCAAACUGCUCUGUCUUUUGUUGAAUUUACUGGUUUCGAAAAAUGCUACGAUACUUAAACACCAACAAUUUAAGUAGAAGAAGGCUGCGGCACUAUGGAUAAUUUGAUUUUUGUUCAGAAAGCUAAAUUAGAGGAUGGCUCCUAUGGUAGAAUUGCUAUUUAUGUAAAGGACGGCUAAUAGCUAUUAUCAAAUGUGAAUUAAACAGCUGGCUCAGGAGCUUUUUCGACUGAUGCCUCUAAUAAGGAAAAAUCUGCAAUUAUAGGCUUCCAUACUUAAAAGGUAAUGGAAGAGGAUAUUGGUUCACAACCAUACUACGGGGAUCGUGAUCCUGUUAAUCCUAAAUCUGGAAGACUUCUAGUUGUCUAUAAGGAUAGUGCUACAGGGUCUAAAUAAACUUUUGCCUUUACUCCUAAUGAUCUUCCUAAUUCCCUGAUAUAGAUUGAUGGCACAGGUGGUAACUCACUAAAGUAGUAAUUAUAAGCUCUGUUAGCCUAUCAAAUUCCUGAUAGAAAAUUUGAAUCUUUCGUUCCUUUUUCAGAUGAAAUGGAAGUAUUCAGUGGUAAGGUAAUCGAGUGA